AUAUUAUUAUUUAAACACUAAAAGGUUCUUGUUUGUUCCCAUUGUCUCACAUCUAACACUGGUUAUUCAAGAUGCAUAGAAAUUUCUUAACACUGUUUGUGCUACUGAUUAUCCUUUUGAGUUUCUCAUAUGUUCUCUCUUCCUCUGCUUCCCCUGCAACUAGAAGCCAAAAUUUGAAAGGUGAAGAUACAUCAACUAUACCUUCUAUAGCUAAGGUGGAUAACAAUCAUGGUGAGGAAGUGGUGCUAGUUGAUAAGGAGGAAGGAUUGGUAGAAAGGAGGAUGGAUUUGGAAACUCAAGACUAUGAUGGAACAGGAGCAAAUAGAGAUCAUGAGCCUAAACCCCCUAGAAGGGUUUAAUCCCUAAUUGACAAUGAAAUUAAUUAUAUGUUUAUAUGUCUGAAUAAUAUAUGUUUGCAUGUGGUUCCCUUUCCUUAUUUAAUUAUAAUCUGUUUGCUCUGUCAUGCAGCUCUGUUGCUGGUUUUCUAUUUUUAGUCACAAAUUGUCAUUGUAUGUAACCUGAGUUGUUUAUUUCAAAUAAAAAUAUUGAUAAUGUGUCUGCAACUUUA